GGCAGGCCAUGUGAUUUUACUGUAGAAUUUUCCAUUUCGUAGUCUUUUCUUCGGGCGAACAGCUGAUUCCGGAAAAAUGGUUCAAUCUCGUAGUCGAAGUCGAACACCUCCCCGUAGCUAUCGGAGAAGGCGAGAUGAGUCUAGUCGACGACAUGGUCGAAGCCACCAUCGAGAUUCUCGACAUGGUCGUAACCGAAGUAUCAGUUGCCGUAGCUCACCUAGUUCCGGUUGUUCGCCGUAUCGUUAUACGCCAGAACGCACCCGACCCGUAGAUCCACCACCAAGCACUUGUCUUGGAGUGUUUGGAUUGAGCAUCUAUACACGGGAAUCGGAUCUGAAAGCCAUUUUCGAUAAAUUUGGUACCAUAGAAAAGGUGCAGAUAGUGUAUGAUGCCAAAACGAAAACAUCCCGUGGAUUCGGGUUCGUGUAUUUUCGGGAGCUGCAGGAAGCUUCCGCUGCCAAGGUGCAGUGCAAUGGGAUGAUCGUACACGAGAGAACCAUUCGCGUAGAUUAUUCUGUGACCGAGAGGCCCCAUACGCCGACACCUGGAAUAUACAUGGGAGAACGGAACGCAGGAAGAAGACGGAAUCGGAGUUCCUACAGUUCUCGAGGCAGGAGUUAUGAUGACGAUUAUUAUUAUGGCCGUGAGACGCGCAAGGAUUCGCGAUCACGCGAUCGCCGCCGAUCUAAACAUAAACACCAUCGUCACAUUCAUGCGACCCGUUCCCGUAGUCGUUCUUGGUCUUAUUCGUCGGUAGACUCUCGCCGUUCUCGGCGCAACUUUCGCUAAUGAAUGAGAAGCUAAUAUAAAUGGAUGAUUUUGAAAUGAGUGCAGAGCCGCACUCUGUAGACAUCACUUGAAUAGAAAAAAAUAAACAUUCGCGGAAAUUGUUUUGUAAACCUCGAACAAAAAUUACACACUCU